AUGUGACGGAGGUAAAUGGAUAACGUAAACUGUACAUGUGUGCAUUACCUGUUGAAUGACCCCUGGCAGUUUAUGUAGGUGUUGGAAUAAGAUGACGGUUGCUCCAUUUUAUUCUCAAAACUUUUACUGUCGAUAGAUAUCUUUUCACAGUUAUCAUAUUCGAAAGCAUAAUGAGUACCUCCUCCCUACCCUCAUCAGUAUCCGGGAGUGCGAGGGGUACCCCGAUACCCAUGAACACGUCUGGAUCAUUUUCACCUGUACCACUGCCUUACAAGGCAUUAUCCACCAGCCCUUCAGUUGUAUCACUUGCCAAAUCAAGUGAUGAUGAACUGCGACAUAGAGGUGUUGACGAACUUGUCAGGAUUGUUCGUCAUGUAGAAUCUGAAAUACGAUCCAUGUUGGCAGAACACAGUAGUAUUAUAAAGGAUGUGAAUAGAAGAAUUCAGAUAAAUGUGCUAGAAAUAAGGGGUCUCAAGGACAUCAAUCAAAAACUGCAAGAUGAUAAUCAAGAACUGCGUGAUUUAUGUUGCUUUCUGGAUGAUGACAGGCAACGUGGUCGUAAACUUGCACGUGAAUGGCAGAGGUUUGGUAGAUACACUGCUAGUGUUAUGCGAAGUGAAGUUGCAGCAUACCAGGAAAAGCUGAAAGACUUAGAAAUGAAACAAGAGGAAUUGAUCUCUGAUAAUGCAGACCUGAAAGAGCUAUGUUUAUACCUAGACCAAGAGAGAUUGGGACCAUCCCAUGUACGAGAUGAUGGUGAUGGGAGCAGCAACAGUACUACAGCAGGUGGUGAUGAGACUUCUCCUCAGAUGACAAUCAACUCUUCAAAUCAAAGUGCUCCUGAAAGUUCCAAUGGUCACAAUUAUGUACAACAACUAGAAGAAAAAGUCAAAGUAUUGGAAGAGGAAAAGACACAGUUAGCACAGAGAGCAGAAAGAAAUGGCGGAGAUGGAUAUAGAGCAACAGAUAAAAAAUCUCCAUCAGUACCUAAAGAUCACAGAUCGGACAAGAGUCCAAGUCCUUCCAAACAGAGAACUGCACCAAUGGGGAAUUUGUUUGAAGGCUACAACAACAAUCCUUCACAGGUCAAAGGGUCAAGGUUAUCUGAGAGUCCGACGAAACCAGAGGCUGUGGUCAGAGCCAUGAAGGUGUUGGAGGUACAUGAGCAGUUGGAGAGGCCCCAGACUGAUGUUGGGGAGGAGAACUUGGGAGAUUCAGAGAAGGCAAUCGUCAGGGAGAUGUGUAAUGUUGUUUGGAGAAAACUGGGGGAUGUGGGGUCUGACCGAGCAUCAGAUCAAGACACAAAUCAGACCCAACAACAUGUGUAUGAAAACCUUCCUCCAAGGCAGACAACAAAUCCCCCUCCACUUCCCCCUAGCCACCGACAACCCCCAAAACCUCCAUCCUCAUUACCAAUGUCCCAGUCCAAACCUCCACCUCAUGUCAGGUCCCCUCCAUCUACACAUGCUUCGACACCACCUCCUCCAUCUCACAUCCAAGUUUUACCGUCACCAGACUUCACUCCACCUCAAUCAGCCCCACCCUACAUACCGGCAGGGUUUGAUCGGGCAGUCAGCAGUUCACCUAAGCAAUUUCCCACUUAUCACAGUCCCCAGGAUGGGUUUGACACUGUGCCCUACCCUGGUACUACUCACACUGUCCAUGCCCAGGCUGUGCCUCGCCCCCAACAGUAUCAGCCUCCUCCACCCCCACCUCCACCUACAAAACUUCAUGACCGACCCCUUCCUCCAUACCAGCAUCACCUUGAACGUUCUCAUCAACCAUCACCACACAUGUUCCAUGCCAGUCAAGUUCCUUUCCAUUCAAACACUGACAGAAUUCCACCAUCUGGGCCACACAAGAUGUACCAUGAUCCUAAACACAAUAAACCAGACAGAAGGAAUUACACCGACUCUAGGAAUCUGAAUGAUUCCCGGGAUUCACAUGGAUCAAGAGGAUCACAGGCCAGUAAGUAUUCUGACCCACGAUAUCAAAGAGAGAGAGUUGCAAACAGGGAUUCACGAGAACGAAUGCAAAAUAUUCAGGAUCGACGUGAUGGCAGUGGCACAAGAGAGGGCAGAGAUCAUGUACCACAGUCAAGGGAAUCCAGUCUCACUAGGGAAUCAAACAGUAGUCAAGAUCCAAGAGUUCUCAAUCAGGACUCAAGAGACAAUCACAACAUCAGAGAUAAAGCUGGACUGCCUGUUAAAGAUUCAAGAGAAAUUGGAUCUAGUAGUAAAGAUAUGAGAGAUCAUAGCAGAGACUCAAGAGAAUCGAGGAAUCACAGUUCUUUUCCAGGUAGGGACCUCAGGGAACAUGGCCCCACCUCUAAAAAGGAUCCAAGAGACUAUGGUCCCCCUAUUAACAGGGACUCUAUGGAACAACCAGAUAGAGAGAAAAGAGAGUAUGGAGCCCCAGGAGGAAGAGAUUCUUGGUAUCCACCAGACUUUCGACAGCAAGAUGUUCGUAUUAACCAUGAUCCUCGUGGCCAGUUUGAAAGGGGAUCCUAUCAUUAAAAAUGAAAAAGAGUGCUAAUUGAAUAGGAUGUAUUGGCAAAACAACUUUGGUUCCCUUGGCAACAAUGCCUGUGUGCCCAUUGUAAAUUCUGGUGUGCUGGUCUGGAAAAGACAAAUAAAAUCUUGUGAAGUCUGGAAAACUUAGAUUGAUAUAUAUUGAGCUGCUUCUGAAAGCAGAGUUAAAAUUUGCUAGAGAGAAAGACCACUGUCUGAAUUUCAAAGUUAGAGUGAUCAUAUGUGUUGUAAGAUUGAAUAGGGUUUUAAAAUGGCUUUGUCUGAAAACAAGAUCACCUCAGGUAAAGGCCCAGACAUUUUUAGUAGAGUUACAACAUUUUGAAAUGAUUACCAUGGAUACAUGUCAUGCAUUUAUUAUAUAUAGAAGAAAUAAGAUAAAUUUCUUAAUGAAAUAGUAAAUAGGAAAAGAAAACAAGAUUCUACCUUAAACUUAACCAUUACAUCAUGAGGAUAUUUCGUUAUUUAUUUAUUCAUAAGUUAUACCGUUUGUUUUUUAAAGUUUGGCAGCCCACAUUUACAUUUUGUGUAUAAUUUUUUAUUGUUGAGAAGUAACAUGGUAUCACAUUACUUGCAAUUAUUGUCAGUUUCACAUUUUGUAAGAAUAUGUAUAUGUCUGUAUACAGAGUAUAUGUGUUAUAUGUAUAUCUGUAUGCAUAGUUUAAUGUAAUGAGACUUCUUAACGAUGCCUUCAACACCAAAUUAUAAACAUCACAGGUCAUUACAGGUCAAAGAACUUUUCAGCAACACAUACCCAUUUUAUUAUCAUCAUAGUAUCAUGAUAGUAUUAACUCUAUAUGAAUUCUUAGUAAGUAACCUUAGGUAGUUACAUUAUAAAGUGCUUUUAACUUUAUAUAACAUAAACAGCCUGGUAAAAUUAUAAUGAUUCAAUACAUUACAAAAAAUGGUGAAAUUAUGAUAUAAACAAUAAGGCAAAAGUGUAAUAUCCCAAGCAACAUUGUAAAAAAAUAAAACUAGGGUAAAAUGUGAACAAAAGAAAAAUUUACAUGAAGACUCCUGAAAUAGUACCAGGUGUUCAGGAAGAGUAAGCAUCUUCUGCUUUAUCAAUGACACAGGCAUUGUAAACCUUAGUCAGUCAAACUGUAUGUUAAAGAACAUGGUAAAUUUUAAUAUCUCAAACAUCCAAGUAAAACUGUGACAUGUUUAGUUAUGUCUAUAAUUGCUUUGUGUAGUAUUAACAGCCAGGGUCAUUACAUGUUAAAGGUCAUGGUAAUAUUAUAAUAUCCCAAACAGCAUGGUAAAACUAUUAUACAAUAA